AGUUUCGUCGCAAACGUCCACCGAGCAGUAUGAAGGUUCUGGCUCUAACUUUUCUGCUCCUGGCCACCAGCUGCUUGGCUGCCCCGGCGCCAGAGAAGAGACUGGAGACCGAUCCCGAGCUAACCGCUGGCUACAUUGAAGGGGACAUGGUGCCCAGUCCUGGGGCCAGAAACGGACUACGCAACGAGACGUUCCGCUGGCCCAAUCGUGUCGUCUACUACUAUAUCAAUCUGAAUAUCGAUACUGAGCAUCGCAACCACAUUCUUCGCGGCAUCCGUUUGCUUGAGCAGAAUUCCUGCCUGGUGUUUAAGGAAGCAACGACUGACCAGGAAUACUACGUAAAUGUUACUUCCGAGGCUGGUGGCUGCUUUUCGUAUGUGGGCUAUCGCAAUACGGUCCAGCAGCUGAAUCUGCAAAACUAUGCCCUGGACACAGGCUGCUUCCGCAUCGGCACCAUUGUCCACGAGUUCCUGCAUGCCCUCGGCUUCUACCACCAGCAAAGCACUUGGGAUCGGGACGAUUACGUUCGUAUUGCCGAGGAGAACAUUACCCCGGGCACGGAGAAUAACUUCAACAAGUACGAUAGUGACACGGUUGAGGACUAUGGCGAGCUAUAUGACUAUGCCAGUGUCUUGCACUACACGGCCUAUGCAUUCUCAAAGAACGGAGAGAUGACCAUCAUUCCUCUGCAGGAGGGAGCCGAAGAGAGUAUGGGACAACGUCUGCAAAUGACCCAGUCAGAUAUUAACAAAUUAAAUGUAAUGUACAAGUGUCCCAGACAGGUCUAAAAGUACCUAAUGAAAG